CCAGCAUUGACUUUACAGGUGCACAGUGAAACAGUUCGCGGACGUGAUUUAUCGAAGCAAUCGCAUUGGGGACGUCUUGUGUAGUUGCGAGAAGCACCUGUCUGUCCGUGAUUACUUCCCUCUCCCAGCACGCGAACAGCUCUAAUCAGCCACUUUGCUACGCUUGAAGCGAACGUGUAUUCUCCCGGUGGGACAGUGAUUUCUUCCUCCGAGUGCCAAACGUUGGUAGCGCCUGUGCCAAAGUUAUCAAUCGAAAUGGACAGCGGAAAGUAUAAUUUUGCGAUCGAUCGUGGCGGUACCUUUACGGAUGUGUUGUGCAUUACUCCGGACCGUACGGUGCGUACGCUGAAGCUGCUUUCCGUCGAUCCGGCCAACUAUCCGGAUGCACCGACCGAAGGCAUACGGCGCAUUUUGCAGCAGGAAACGGGCCGUGCCCUGACGGCGGACGGAUUGAUCGAUACGGGGCUGAUCGGUUGGGUACGGAUGGGUACAACCGUGGCCACAAACGCACUGCUCGAGCGCGCCGGCGAUCCGGUGGCGUUGGUUGUGAACAAGGGCUUCCGGGAUCUGCUGCAGAUUGGCAACCAGGCGAGACCAAACAUUUUUCAGCUGAACAUUCAAAAGCCGGCCAACCUGUACAGAGAAGUCAUCGAAAUCGAGGCCCGUAUAGUGCCAGCCCAGGAUGGAACCUGCCAGCUGGGCGAUGCAGCAUCCAGCUGGAGAACAUUAACCGGUGCCUCCGAUGCCGCGUAUCUCGAAAUGGUUCCGCUGGACGAGGAAGAUCUCCGGACCAAGUUGGACGGUGUGCGAGCAGCCGGCAUUAACUCACUCGCUAUCGUGCUCGCCCACAGCUAUGCCUGUCCGGAGCAUGAGCUUCGUGUCGGACGGAUCGCACAGGAGCUCGGCUUCCAGCACGUCACCCUGUCCCACCAAGCGAUGCCCAUGUGUCGGCUGGUAGCGCGUGGGUUUACCGCUUGUGCUGAAGCUUACCUAACACCGCACGUCGAACGCUAUCUGGAUGGGUUCCGGAGCGGGUUCCGCGAUCAGCUCCGUGGAGCCGAUGUGUUGUUCAUGCAGAGCGAUGGAGGUUUAACGCGGAUGGAACAUUUCCGCGGUGCUCGUGCCAUACUGAGCGGUCCGGCGGGUGGUGUGGUGGGGUACGCGGUUACGGGAGUACGCGAUGCGGCCGGCGAGGAUCCAACACCUCCACCGCUGAUCGGAUUCGAUAUGGGCGGUACCUCGACGGAUGUGUCACGGUACGCGGGAACGUACGAGCACGUGAUCGAAAGCACGACGGCCGGCGUGACAAUACAGGCGCCCCAGCUCGACAUAAACACGGUGGCCGCCGGAGGCGGUUCGCGUCUGUUUUUCCGCUCCGGUUUGUUCGUGGUUGGACCGGAAUCGGCCGGUGCACACCCGGGACCGACGUGCUAUCGCAAGGGAGGCCCGCUAACCGUCACCGAUGCAAAUCUCAUCCUUGGCCGACUGCUGCCCGAAUACUUUCCGGCCAUUUUUGGUCCGAAUGAAAACGAACCGCUCGAUUACGAAGCGACGCGGACCGCUUUUGAGGAGCUGCGCGGAGAGAUUAACGACCAUCUGGCGACCACCGGCGACGGUGGUCCACUGUCGCUCGAACAGGUCGCGAUGGGGUUUGUGCGCGUCGCCAACGAAGCCAUGUGCCGUCCAAUCCGUGCACUAACGCAGGCGCGCGGUUACGACACGGCCCGCCAUGUGCUGGCGUGCUUCGGUGGGGCCGGCGGUCAACACGCUUGCAGCAUCGCGAAGCAGCUCGGUAUGGGGCAAGUCGUAAUGCACAAGUACGCGGGCAUUCUUUCCGCGUACGGUAUGGCACUGGCGGACGUGGUGCAUGAAACGCAGGAACCGUGCGGGUUGGAACUGUGCCCGGACAAUCGGGCCGCACUGAAGGAACGCCUGCACGUGCUUUCGGCACGCUGUGUGGAGCAACUCGAGGCGCAAGGUUUUACCCUGGCGGACGAGGGUACGAUUACGCUCGAACCGUACCUCCAUCUGCGCUACGAAGGGACGGACUGUGCGUUGAUGUGCGCCCCGGACCGGGUGGUUGAGAAUGCGGACCACACGGUGUACGGGUUCGGUGAUUUUGGCCGAACGUUCCACGAGCGCUAUCGGAGCGAGUUCGGUUUCGUGCUGCAGGGCCGUCGCAUCCUGGUGGAUGAUAUACGGGUGCGCGGAUGUGGCCGUGCGUCGCUGUUCACCGAACCGGACAUUGCGGAGGCGACGGGACCGAUCUAUCCGGAGAAAACAACCGUCGCGUACUUCGAGGAAGGAGGAAGUGGCCAGGAAGCGGCCGGACGGCUCGUAACACCGGUGUACGACUGUGCGAAGCUGCGCUUCGGCCAUCGGAUCGAUGGACCGGCGAUACUGAUUGAUCGCCUUUCGACGAUUGUCAUUGAGCCUGGUUCGCGGGCGUUCGUUACCCGUCGGGGUGAUCUCACGAUCGAGAUCGGUACUGGCGGUCAACGGGUGAAGGUGGAUGAACGGUUGGACGCGGUACAGCUGAGCAUCUUCAACCAUCGGUUUAUGAGCAUUGCCGAGCAGAUGGGCCGCGUGCUGCAGCGUACGUCCAUCUCGACCAACAUCAAGGAGCGGCUCGACUUCUCGUGCGCCCUGUUCGGACCGGAUGGUGGGUUAGUUUCGAACGCACCGCACAUACCGGUCCACUUGGGUGCGAUGCAGGAAACGGUCCAGUAUCAGCUGCGCAGACGCGGCGACACACUCAAGCCGGGCGACGUGCUGUUGUCCAACCAUCCGCAAGCAGGCGGUUCGCAUCUACCGGAUCUGACCGUCAUCACGCCGGUGUUUACGCCGGAGGAACCGAGACCAGUGUUUUUCGUCGCAUCCCGUGGACAUCAUGCGGAUAUCGGUGGUAUAACGCCGGGUUCGAUGCCACCCCACUCGACCUCGCUCGAUCAGGAGGGUGCCGCGUUCAAGUCGUUCAUGCUCGUGGACGGUGGCAUUUUCCAGGAACGUGCCAUCGUCGAACGGUUGACGCGUUCGGCUGGAUCGGGUGCUCCCGGGACGCGCAAUCUGUCGGACAAUCUGUCCGAUCUGCGGGCACAGAUUGCCGCCAACCAGAAGGGCAUCCAGCUGGUAUCGGAGCUGAUCGAUGCGUACGGUUUGUCGGUGGUGCAGGCGUACAUGGGCCACAUGCAGCAGAACGCAGAGCUGGCCGUGCGGGAUAUGCUGAAGCUGAUUGCGAAGGAUGCACGCGAACGAACCGGUACGACGGUGCUGGAAGCGGAACAGUAUAUGGACGAUGGUACCCCGAUCAGGCUGGUGGUGCGAAUUGACGAAGAGAACGGUUCGGCGGUGUGCGAUUUCACCGGCACAGGACCAGAAGUGAGUGGAAACUGUAAUGCACCGCGGGCAAUUACACUGUCCGCGCUGAUCUACUGUUUGCGGUGCAUGGUCGGCCAUGAUGUGCCACUGAAUCAGGGCUGUUUGGCACCGAUCGAAGUCAUUAUCCCACCGGGGUCCAUACUGGACCCGUCGGAGGGUGCCGCUGUUGUCGGUGGGAAUGUGCUGACCUCGCAGCGAGUCGUUGACACGGUGUUCGGCGCGUUCGAAACGUGUGCCGCUUCCCAGGGCUGCAUGAACAACGUCACGAUCGGGGACGAAGGUUGGGGAUACUAUGAGACGGUCGCGGGCGGUAGCGGUGCGGGACCGGGAUGGCACGGCACGGGCGGUGUCCAUACGCACAUGACCAACACGCGCAUCACCGAUCCGGAAAUACUCGAACUGCGCUACCCGAUCAUACUGCGUCGCUUUACGCUGCGGGACGACGGUAGCGGUGGAGCGGGUCGUUUCCGCGGUGGUGAAGGUGUCCAUCGGGAGCUACUGUUCCGGAAACCGAUGACCCUCUCGGUGCUGACCGAGCGCCGCACACUGCGCCCGUACGGAGCGGCCGGAGGAUCUCCCGGCAAACCGGGGCUGAAUCUGCUGAUCCGGGCGGGUCCUCGUCCCGGCCAGCCGGGCCACCGGGCGGUGAACAUUGGGGGCAAGACGGCGGUACAGGUUGGACCGGGCGAUGUGUUCUCGAUGAAGACACCGGGUGGCGGUGGGUACGGUGUGCCGGAGGAUGAAGAUGCGGCGCCCGGGACGCUUUUCGGUGUGCAGCGUCAGCAGCGUCAGGAAGCGGCAGCGGCCGCCAUCGUGUCGGUCGGUUCGUCGAAAGCGUUCAUGGAGCGCGGUAGUGUGUAUGAGUACCGGAUGGCACAGGAGUCCGUGUGAUGGCACGAGAUCGGGUUCAACUUCAACUUCUAUCUCGUGCUGAUCGUCGUACUGCUUGUGAUCGUGAUCGUAAUGUUCAAAUAGCCUCCGGGGAGCGAAGGAGAUGGGGCCGGACGCCGGUCCGGGUUUCUCCUAUCGUUUGACGGUGGCGAUGGUGGUGUGUGGCUGGAGCAGCACAAGCGACAGCAGCUUGAGUAGCAACACUACUGGCGGACGAUGUGUAGUUAGAACGUCUUAUUAAUCACACACUUCCUCUAUAGCGAACGCAUCACAGCACUGGGUUACCAACCCCAGCAGCUGCGAGGCGGUUACUUAUUUCUCCGUGUCAAUUCUGGUAGUAUACGACGUGUUCUUCCCACAUAAAUCUUUACAAGUUCUUUAGGCAUGCCAAAACUGGUGAUUUAGAUCUAGCCGCCGGGAGAAGCCGGGUGUUAUACUGUCCAUGCAUUCUGAAAAAGACCAAUAUUGUCGGUAGCUUUAUUAGGGGUUAGAAUUUAGACGAUUUUUCGACGACACAUCUAGAACUCACCAAACUCACACCUUCUCUUUUCUGUGCCACAGGCGCACGAUCGGUUGUGCGAUGGUGAGGCUGGUUUGUUUAUGUGUCCUCCGUUCAUAGAACUCCGUAGCCAAAUUUUAUACAUCGUAGCCAAUGAUUGCCUUUUUGUGAAAGUUAAAUUUAAGGGUACGGUUUAAAACAAAUAUAUAUAUAGAUAUAUACGCACACAUUUCUCACAUAGUUGAAAU